AUGGAGGAUAUUCAAGAUGCGCUCCCACCACCUACAACCCUUCUUUCCAGCCUUACUGAAUCUCAGCUAAGGAUGAUCUCAAACCUCCCAGAUCACCAGGCUUGGGCCUAUUCUGAUGAUAUCCUAAUAGCAUCCUCUCUUACAAGGCAGAAGAAGGGCUGCAUUACAUAUCGACAUUUUAUUAAAAUUGUGGAGCGCAUAUACUGGAAGGAUUCCAGUGGGAGCCUUGAGCCCAAUUACAUUAACUUUUGGUACAUCUGCAUCUACUUCCCCCACGCCGUCUUAAACAUUCCAUCCACACGCUCUGGCGUCCCCCAUCCAUACUCCCGUCCCUCUAGCCGCUCUUCCCGUUGUUCCGUUCCAACCCAGUCCCAACCGCCCUCUUGCAGCGCAUCUCCCACUUCGCGAGACUUGUCAGGGAUGGAACCAGAGCCGUCCAUUGCCGCUCUCCUCGAGGCUGUCACAGCCCUCACAACCACAGUUGGGUCCCUCCAGGACCAAAUCAGAUCGCAAGGCCAACAGCUCACUGAGCUCAAGGCCAUAUGCAAGGAAACCGCGGACCUCCUUGGAGACAAGGAUCAAGGAGGAACCACCCAAGCCCAAACACAGCCUGGCCCAUCGACUGGGCCUAUCACCCCUCCUUCCCACACAGGAGGACAAGCCAACACUCCAAGAACGGCUAGGCCUGGUCUCCGGGAUCCUUUCCGCCCCACCAGGGGUACUACUGGGUACGACUCCGAGGAAGAACAACCAAGGAGAGUUAAGGAAGAGCCUCGCGGAGCGCUUAGGGAUCUGAGGACCCUUACCCCUUUCAGCUCGGGUUCGGACACCAAACGUCCCAAAAUGGAACUACCGGACCCAUUCAAAGGGGACAUUCGAGGGCGAAAAGCUGUGCAAUGGCUGGAUCGCAUGCUGUUAUGGGGGGCUCUCCAUAGGGAUCAAUUUGAAGAAGAUGAGCAGCUGAUUGUCUGGAUCCUCUACCACAUGGAGGACAAAGCUGCCGAUUGGGCCCUCCCUCUCAUUGGGAACAUCCUCAAGGGCAAAACCACGGCCCCCACCACCAUCCCGGCUAUGACAGCCAAAUUUAAGGAAGCUUUUGCCGAUCCUGACGCCAAGCGUGCCGCCGCCAGAAAAAUUGCGGUUCUCUCCCAAUCCACAACCACCUCCGAGUACGUCACGGAGUUCCGCAACCUCAUGGCGGAAUUAGACUGGAACGAGGAAGCCUACAUUGCGCAGUUUACGCGAGGGCUCCACUGGAAGGUCAAGGAACUGUUGUCUACCAAAGACAAUAUUCCAGACAAACUCGAAGCCAUCUUCGCGGCUUCCAUAAAAAUUGAUAACACUCGCCGCGAAAAUGAAGAGAACCGCCCCAAAAAGGCACCUGCCAAGUCCCCGGCCACCGUGGCCACUUCCACCACUACCACCACUCAACGGGUCCGCCUCUCAGAGGACCCCAAUUACGUAACCCCGGAAGAAAGGGAUCGGCGCCGCGCGUCUGGCCUCUGUGUCAAGUGCGGCCAAAAGGGCCAUGGUAUCAAGCAAUGCCCCAACGGCUGGAAAGCCACGAUCAAGGAGGUUGCCAAAGUGGCAGAAGAGGAGCCCCCGACUCCCCAAAAGGACAAUAUAGAUAGAAUCGAGUUUGUAAAUUUAGGGUUAGAUUCCAAUAAAAAACCACUCCUCUAUAUCAAUCUCUAUGUCCAAAAUUCCCUGGCAGAACCCCUUAAAACCCUGGUGGACUCAGGAGCCACCUCGAACUUUAUUUCUCCUUCAGUCGUAGAAAAAUGGAAAAUCCCAAAAACCCUACUCGAAAAUCCACGAGUAGUGAGAAUGUUAGAUGGUACAAUUUCACAGACUGGUCGUAUAUGGCACCAGGUUCAACUCGCGGUUUCGGCCAAUGGCCACACACAUUCCAUCCCCUUCCUCGUUUGCCCAAUUGGCAACACCCAGGCUAUCCUAGGCAUGACGUGGCUUACAGCAGAAUCCCCUCUCAUAGAUUGGCAACAGGGCUCAAUCACAUUCCCCGAACAAGCCCAGAUUGCCUCUGAGGAAGAGGCCGACCUAGAUCCCCUGGCAUCACUCCCUCCACAAUACCAUGAGUUUGCUAAAGUCUUUGGCAAGGAGGAAUUCAAAGUCCUCCCCCCACAUAGGGAGUACGACAUAUCCAUAGACCUUAUUCCGGACGCCAAACUCUCCCCAGGACCUAUAUACGGCAUGACUGACGCAGAAUCAAAGGCGUUAAAACAACACAUUGACGAAGAAUUGGCAACGGGCAAGAUUCGCCCCAGCACUUCUUCCGCCGGCGCGCCAGUCAUGUUUGUGAAAAAAGCAGACGGAUCUCUUAGGCUGGUUGUGGAUUAUCGGAAACUAAACGACGUCACUCACAAAAACGUUUACCCGCUCCCGAGGCAAGAUGACCUCAUGGCUAAGCUCAGGAACGCCAAGCUAUUCACCAAGCUGGACUUACGUUGGGGUUAUAACAAUGUCCAAAUCAAGGAAGGUGACGAAUGGAAGACAGCCUUCCGCACCAAAUAUGGAUUAUUUGAAUACUUGGUCAUGCCCUUCGGUCUCACAAAUGCCCCGGCAGCAUUCCAGCACUUCAUGAAUGACCUGUUUAGGGACCUCAUCGACGUUACAGUGGUGAUCUACUUGGAUGAUAUCCUCAUUUUCUCAGAAGAUCCUGAAAAGCAUCCGGAACACGUUAAGGAGGUUCUAUCAAGACUAAUGAAGAACCAAUUGUUUUGCAAACUUUCUAAGUGUCAUUUCCACGUCACUACGGUAGAUUACCUUGGUAUUGUCAUAUCUCCUGCGGGCUUCUCCAUGGACCAGAAGAAGAUUGAGGCCGUCACAUCCUGGCCCCAGCCCAGAACAGUUAAACAGGUCCAGGCCUUCCUAGGGUUUGUCAACUAUCUCCGCCGGUUCAUCCCCAACUUCAGCUCCGUCGCACGCCCGUUACACAACCUUACCAGAAAGGAGACCCCCUGGUCAUGGGGCGACCUAGAAGAGGCAGCGUUCCAGGAACUAAAGAGCCUUGUCACCAAAUCGCCGGUACUCAUCCACUCCAACCCCAGCCUUCCCUACUACCUAGAAACGGAUGCAUCGGGAGUAGCCAUGGGAGCCAUCUUAAGCCAACAAGGAGAGGAUAACCGCCUUCAUCCAGUUGCAUAUAUGUCCAAGUCCUUUUCCGGUGCAGAAGCCAACUAUGACACCCACAAUAAGGAACUCCUGGCUAUCAUCAAAGCACUGGAGGAAUGGAGAAUAUUCUUAGAGGCAACAGACAGACCAGUACAAGCACGGACAUUCAACCGCAGGCAUGCCAGAUGGCGCAUAUUCCUGAGCGAUUUCAACUUUGAAAUCCAUUACCGCCCCGGAAAGCAAUCAGGGAAACCAGACGCCCUCUCUAGGCGAUCGGACUACGUUGAUACCUCACCAGAACCAGAGGUUAUGCUCCCCGCAGAAGUCUUUGCCAAUUCAUCAGAAGAGGAGUUGGAAAUCGUCACGGAAAUACGCUCUAAGCUGAGAGAAGAUUCCUCCUUAGAACCCAUCAUCCAAUUCCUGACAGAGGACGCCGACAACGCACCUCCAUCCAUUCGAAAGGCCUAUCGAGAUUAUGAUUGGGAGGAGGAUCUACUAUGGUAUUGUGGCAAACUAGUGGUACCAGACUCGGAGUCCCUCAAAGAAAGGCUACUAAAAGAAUUCCAUGACUCGCCAUUAGCGGGACACCCUGGACAACAAAGGACCUUGGAACUCCUCAGCCAAAGCUACUGGUGGCCAGGAAUGAAAUCAUCCGCCAGGGAAUGGGUAGAAUGCUGCCCCACUUUACCACCGUAUCCGUUCCACACAAUAUCGUACGACUUCAUCACUGGGUUCCCCAAGUCCCAGGGCCAUGAUGCAAUCCUCGUGGUUAUCGAUUCAUUUUCCAAGUUUGGGCAUUUCAUCCCCACGUCCAAAAAAAUCACAUCCAAGGGGUUGGCAGACCUAUUUGUGACACAUGUCUGGAAACUCCAUGGGCUUCCGAUCAGGACCAUCUCAGACCGCGGAACCACGUUCACCGGAAAGUUCCUUCGUGCACUCUAUCAAAGGCUGGGAAUCAAACCGUCUUUUUCCUCCGCUUACCAUCCGGAAUCUGACGGACAAACGGAGAGGGUGAAUCAAUUUAUUGAGUUCUACCUAAGGUCAUACGUAGCAGCCGAUCACUCAGACUGGGCCACCUGGCUCCCUUUGGCGGAGUAUGCGUACAACAAUGCCAAGCACGCGGCCACGGGAAAAACGCCCUUUGAAUUGGUUUAUGGGAGAAACCCAGUAAUGAACCCUUCCAAUGUCCCAGCCAACGUACCAGAAGCAGAUGGCGUAGCAGACACACUGGCCCGAGAAUGGAAAGAAGCCGAGUCAGCCCUCAGAAUGAGCAAAGAGCGUAUGGCAAGGGAUAAAGGAACUAUCCCUGAGUACUCAAUUGGGGAAAAAGUCUGGCUAGACGGGAAGAACGUGGAACUCAGGACGAAUUCCAACAAGUUGGACCCCAAACGAUUAGGCCCUUUUGAGGUAAUUGAGAAGGUAUCCAGUCACGCAUACCGUCUCAAACUACCGGAGACCCUCAAGAUCCACGACGUAUUUUAUGUGGGAUUGUUGUCUAAAACACACGAAUCCCCCAGUCAACCAUUCCCAGAAAGACCCCCUCCUGAAACAAUAGAAGGGGAAGAAGAAUACGAAGUGGAACAAAUCAUUGACUCCAAGAGACAACGGGGUAAAUGGUUUUACCUAAUCAAAUGGAAGGGUUACGGCCCGGAAGAUAACUCCUGGGAGCCGGAAGAACUCCUAGAACACAGCCAAGAGGAGAUCCAGCGCUUCAACAAGUCACGACUGAAAAAGGCUCGUGACUCCGCCAAGAGCCUUUAA